AUGAAGAUCAAAAUCCGGCGAUCAAUGCAGCUUUUCUUUUUCUUUUGCUCUCUCUUUUUUUUCAGCAUGCAUAUUGGCUAUUUUGCUCUGCUGCAAAACAAAAACCCCAAUAUUGCAUUUGUGAUGCUAACUACUCAUCAGGUUCUACUUGGCGGCUGUAGAUGUCUUGAGAUUGACGUCUGGGACGGUGUACUGGACCAAUCGAGCUCCGAAUCAGAAGACAAUCCAGAAGAUGAUCACAAAAAGAUGCACAAGAAAAGACACGAAAAAGCUCAAAAAGAGAGCGCUGGCCUAUUCAGCUUAUCAUCUCUUUCAGAUCGCUUUGGUAAACUCGGUACCAAAAGCACAUCUGAUACUGUGCCUGAUAAGGCCCCGGCAACAGAUGCAAUACGCUGUGAACCCCGAGUAUUUCACGGUCAUACACUAACUAAAGAAGUAUCAUUCCGUGAUGUAUGUUACACAAUCCGUGAUAAUGCAUUUGUAACUAGCGACCUGCCAGUGAUCGUCAGUCUAGAGGUUCAUGCUUCCCAUGAACAACAAGAGGUUAUGGUUGAUAUCAUGACUGAAGCAUGGAAAGGGCUUCUUGUGGAGCUCACACCUGAAAUGGAUGCCCAGAUUGCCAAUGGAGACUUAGACCAUCUUUCUAACCCAGGCUCUCUGAGGAAUAAAAUCCUGAUAAAGGUGAAAUGGGUAUCUCCCGAAAAAGAUGAUACCCCGCCUGCUGAAGGGUCCAUCGAGGUUAUUGACCUUCAGGCUGUGGGCGGAGACGGUGACGGAGCUCAGAAUAAGGUCGUAGCUGGAUCGACGUCGACGAAAACAAAGCCUCAAAAGAUCAUUCAGUCCCUUAGCCGACUCGGAAUAUUCACGCGCGGUUAUACUUUUCAUAACUUUGCUCAACCUGCCCACCUCCCGUUGCCGUUCCCCGUACCUGGUGCAUUGGCCAUUUUGCCAGACCAAUUUAAAAUGACCCCCAAAAAACAAAAAAGGGAGCCAUUGGCUUGUGUUGAAGCGAAGAUACCACAUCAUAUAUUCUCACUCUCAGAGGCUGCAGUGAAAGCUGCACAUGAAAAGGAACGUCAAGCAUUAUUCGAUCACAACAAAGAAUUUAUGAUGCGAACUUAUCCCUCAGGAAUGCGAGUAGAUUCCUCGAAUUUAGACCCAUCUUUUGCCUGGCGUCAAGGCAUUCAAGUUGUUGCUCUCAACUGGCAACGCUGCGACAAAGGAAUGAUGCUGAACAAAGGGAUGUUCGCAGGAAGUGGGGGAUGGGUGCUGAAACCCUCGGAGUAUCGUGGGUCGGCUGCUCGCAGCAGUUCGACGAGUUCAUCGCCGCAGGAGCAGAUGGCGGCCGCUGUCAACGACGGGGGUCCUAAGAGUGUGCAGGCAAGUACGAGUGUUCGACGCAAAGUGAAUUUGUCUAUUGAAAUCUAUGCAGGACAGAACAUAAUGGCGGGGGAUGGGAAGUCAAAUCCCAAAAGUUUCCAUCCAUAUGUAGCCUGUCAUUUGCAUGUUGAACGACCCAAGGACAGCAUCCAUGCUACCAGCAAGGAUUAUGACAGCAGCGACCCCAACUACAAAUGUCGAACUAAAACUUGCAGCGGCGCCGAUCCGGACUUUGGAGGCCAAAUCCUCCAAUUCCCAAGCGCUCCUGGGAUUCUUGAAGAGCUCUCUUUUGUCAGGUUAGUGAACGCCCAGCCAAUCACCCCUUUUUCCAUCCGACCUGCACAUCACAACCAGCGCCGCAUC